AUGAGCUUCAACAAGAGCAGGGGUGGGGGAUUGGGUGGAGCAGGAGCAGGAGGAGACGAGCUGGUGCUGCGAGGCUCCAUCUCCAAGAAAUGGACCUUCCUCCUCUGCCUCGGCAGCUUCUGCAUCGGCCUCCUCUUCACUAACAGGAUGUGGACGAUGCCGGAGCCGAAAGAGAUCAUCAGGAGGUCGAGACUCGAGGUGGAAAAGACGAAUCUUGUCGCCGGCGACUGCGCUCCCAAAAGUAUCGAUGAUGCAAAAGACGUUCCUGGAGAGGUUCCAAGAACUCAAGAUGUUAUACAGACACUGGACAAAACAAUAUCGAACCUCGAAAUGGAGCUUGCAUCUGCAAAGGCGUCACAGGAAUCCAUGCUCAAUGGUGCCCCGAUGUCCGAAUCCACAGGGAAAUGGAAAUACUUCAUGGUCAUUGGCAUAAACACUGCGUUCAGCAGUCGGAAAAGACGAGACUCAGUCCGUGCUACAUGGAUGCCUCAAGGUGAGAAGAGGAGAAAGAUGGAGGAAGAGAAGGGCAUUAUCAUUCGGUUCGUCAUCGGUCAUAGUGCGACUCCUGGCGGCAUACUUGAUCGAGCAAUUGAUGCAGAGGACAGGAAACAUGAGGACUUCAUGAGGCUGGACCAUGUUGAAGGGUACCUGGAACUGGCAGCAAAGACCAAAGCGUACUUCGUCGCAGCUGUGUCCAUGUGGGAUGCUGAGUACUACAUCAAGGUCGACGACGAUGUACAUGUAAAUAUAGCAACUCUUGGAAACACGCUAGCAAGACAUCGCUCCAAGCCUCGAGCUUACGUUGGCUGCAUGAAGUCUGGCCCAGUGCUAGCUCAGAAGGGCGUGAGGUACCACGAGCCUGAAUACUGGAAAUUCGGCGAAUGGGGAAACAAAUACUUCCGACACGCGACCGGUCAGCUGUACGCCAUCUCCAAAGAUCUGGCCUCCUACAUAGCACUCAAUCAGCAUGUUCUGCACAAAUAUGCUAAUGAGGAUGUAUCCCUGGGAUCCUGGUUCAUCGGAUUGGACGUCGAACACGUCGAUGACCGUCGUCUUUGCUGCGGCACACCACCAGAUUGCGAAUGGAAGGCGCAGGCGGGGAACGUGUGCGCUGCGUCGUUCGACUGGAGCUGCAGUGGCAUCUGCAAAUCUGCUGAUCGUAUCAAGGAAGUCCAUCAGCGCUGCGGUGAGAGUGAGAAUGCAAUUUGGAAUGCAAAGUUUUAA